GGGCGGGCGAUCUCCAAAUGGUUGGUACGGCGGUACCGAUACAUGUCCUCACUGACGAGUACCAGUACGGUACUGGCCUCGAGACAUAAUGGCCUCUCUCCUGUCGGCGGGACGAAAAGAGAGGCACCCUCUUCACACUGCCCAGUGCCACGACAGCCGAAGUUUGCUGCUGAGAACCGCGACGGAAUCCCUACGCAUGGCGCGCUGCAAGACCGCUGCCGAAUCACAGACCCUUGGGGAUCUGUAUGAAAAGCUCACGAAGGCCAAGCUGUCGAAAUCGAAGUCCACGUUACUAAUAAAAAUACCUUGUCAACGCGAGUCGAUUUUGCUGUUCAACGCUAGCCGGUUACCCCUGGUCUACGGACAGGAUUGCGGUCGAGACGGGCCCACACGGUUAAAGCCUUUGUGGCCCUCGUCCAUACGGUACCACGCACGCCAUUAUUGCUACCGCUGGGAUAGCGCCGCCCCUCUGGAUCACACACUCUCUCGUGUGGGAGCGCGAGAGAGCGCGCGCAUUCUGUUGCGACGGACCCCUCUGGCCGACCCACGGUUCGAGUCGGCCCUCCCGGGACUUCGGCUCGAGUGCUCGUAUCUCGCAAUCGCUGAUCUCGAUUUUACCGUCUCCUCGGGAUUCCAUCGUAUUCCGCAGUGUAUAGGAGAGAUAUCUACACCAUCGCCAUCAUCACCAUCGCCAUUCAGCUAUUUUAUGUCUGUCUUACUCUAGUGAGCCAUGCAUUAGCGUGUACCAGAGUAUCGGGUCACACGCUACCGGCGUGACCGUAUCCGGAUCUAAAAUGAGAAAGAAAAAAAAAAGGAGCGGAAAGAAAAAAGCCGGUCCCAACGACUUAAUUUGGCCCAAGCCUCUCUCUCCUCUCCGCUGUGAGGAUCGCCAAUGGAAACCCUGGCUUACCAUUGCCCUACCUAAUUCUUGAGCAGGCUUUGGUUUUCGAUUAUCUCACUCGCUAAGACCGACAAGAUCCUGGGGGCUCUGAAGUGCAUACAGACAGACCUACGUGACAAUAUUCGGAUCUUCGGUGGUAUUCUGUCUACAUACCUAC